UUUGCCUUCCUAUCCUUGCCAACCUGUUCCUCUAUAUAUACUGCCAUAGGGCAUUCGCUAUUAGCCCAACUUGGUUUAAGGAUUUGAAGAAGAGCUCGUUUGCCUACUCUAAUUUCAUGGAAGAAGCGCAAGUGGUGGAGUCAAAGGACGGGACCAUCUCUGUGGCUUCUGCAUUUUCAGGUCAUCAUGAAGUUGUCCAAGAUAGAGAUCAUAAAUUUUUAUCAAAAGCUGUUGAAGAGGCAUAUCAUGGAGUUGAAUGUGGUGAUGGAGGGCCUUUUGGUGCAGUUGUUGUUUGUAAUGAUGAGGUAGUAGUAGGUUGUCAUAACAUGGUGCUGAAGCACACAGACCCUACCGCUCAUGCUGAGGUCACUGCAAUAAGAGAGGCCUGCAAAAAGCUUGGGAAGAUUGAACUUUCAGAUUGUGAGAUCUAUGCUUCCUGUGAGCCUUGUCCGAUGUGCUUUGGAGCAAUUCACCUUUCGCGAAUUAAGAGGCUGGUCUAUGGAGCAAAAGCAGAGGCUGCUAUAGCUAUAGGAUUUGAUGAUUUCAUUGCCGAUGCUCUGAGAGGCACCGGAUUCUACCAGAAAGCUCAUAUGGAGAUCAAACAAGCUGAUGGCAGUGGCGCCGAGAUUGCUGAACAAGUAUUCGAGAAGACCAAGGAAAAGUUUCAGAUGUAUUAAAUAUAUAUGCUACAUUGUUUUCUGAAUCGCCCUGCUGUAUGCAAAAUAAUCAACAAACUUUGUGAAUACUGAUUGUCUUCUGUUAAUCAAUUGAUAUUCAAGUGGAUGAGCUUUCAUUUA